AAAUUGUGUCACACAGCCGCUAAAAACAACAGCUCAGUAACGCAGGAGACAAUUCCCACGGACAAAGAGGAGACGUUUUUAUGACAGCUAAGUGUUCAUCUAUGUUGAUUUAGGAAGAAGAAUUUAACUAAAUCGCGGUUGUAAAUUGUGUUUACAUAACCAGUUUUUUCCCGGUCUUCGCAGACGGGGAGUAGGCUAGUGUCUUGUUGAGGUUAAAUAAAACAAAUUCAAGCCAGUUUAUGCAUACGCUAUUUGUCAUUCCUUAAUUUACCCGUGUAAGGUGCGUUUAUAGCUAAUUGUUGUGUUUUUUUACGCAUUAUUUCAAGACUCAGAAAAACAAGUUAUACAACACAAGCUGAGCGAUCAUUCGGUAGCGACCCAGGUCCUAAAGCCCGCCGGUUUGCCUGUCACAUUGCCUCAGAGCGCACAAAUGGUUCAGCAUCCAUCAGUCUCUGAAUUCUUCGACAUAAUGGAAAAGAUUCUUCUAGAACAAGGUUAAUCUAGAAAAAGUUGGACUGUUUCACCGUAAUUUAAGUGUCGUAUGCUCAAACAGCAUACACACUUUUUUUUUAUCUUGUUGGAUUUUUGCAAGUGGGCUUGUUCGCUUCGUUUUUUGUUUUUUUCUUCUCCUUUGGAAACACUUGUCAGUGAGUCGGAAUAAGAGCGGCGCAAGCACAGCAAAGACUGCUAAUAUCAUUCACACACAAAAAGGACAAAUAAAAAGAAAAGGACGCGUCCAGUCGAGUAAUGGUCAUUAAUACGAUCCACUGGUUCAGGAAGGGCUUGCGGCUCCACGACAACCCGUCUCUCAAGGAAUCUCUGCUGGGAGCGGACACUGUCCGCUGUGUCUACAUCCUCGACCCCUGGUUUGCAGGAUCUUCCAACGUAGGGAUCAACAGGUGGAGGUUCUUACUGCAGAGUCUUGAAGACUUGGACUCCAGCCUGCGUAAGCUCAACUCUCGACUGUUUGUGAUUCGAGGCCAACCAACUGAUGUCUUUCCCAGACUUUUCAAGGAAUGGAAUAUUUCUCGUCUGUCUUAUGAGUAUGACUCUGAGCCCUUUGGGAAAGAACGAGAUGCAGCUAUUAAGAAACUGGCCUCAGAGGCUGGAGUGGAGGUGACAGUUCGCAUCUCCCACACACUCUAUGACCUGGACAAGAUCAUAGAGUUGAAUGGGGGUCAGUCCCCACUUACCUAUAAGCGGUUCCAAACCCUCAUCAGCCGUAUGGACGCAGUGGAGGUCCCUGCAGAGUCCAUCACAGCUGACAUCAUGGGGAAAUGCACUACGCCGCUGUCAGAGGACCACGAUGACAAGUUUGGGGUUCCCUCCCUAGAGGAGCUGGGUUUUGAUACGGAAGGUUUGUCAUCAGCUGUGUGGCCAGGGGGAGAGACAGAAGCCCUCACACGACUAGAGAGGCAUUUGGAGAGGAAGGCGUGGGUGGCCAACUUUGAGCGUCCCAGAAUGAACGCCAAUUCGCUUCUCGCCAGCCCAACAGGCCUCAGCCCGUACUUGCGCUUCGGCUGCCUCUCCUGUCGGCUCUUCUACUUCAAACUCACCGAUCUCUACAGGAAGGUGAAGAAGAACAGUUCUCCUCCUCUCUCACUCUACGGUCAGCUACUGUGGCGAGAGUUCUUCUACACGGCAGCCACCAACAACCCUUGCUUCGACAAGAUGGAGAGUAACCCAAUCUGCGUUCAGAUUCCCUGGGAUCGCAACCCAGAGGCGCUAGCCAAGUGGGCAGAAGGCCGGACGGGCUUUCCCUGGAUCGACGCCAUCAUGACCCAGCUGAGGACGGAAGGCUGGAUCCACCACCUGGCAAGACACGCGGUGGCUUGUUUCCUGACCAGAGGAGACCUCUGGAUCAGCUGGGAGGAGGGCAUGAAGGUGUUCGAGGAGCUGCUGCUGGAUGCAGACUGGAGUGUCAAUGCCGGCAGCUGGAUGUGGCUCUCCUGCAGCUCUUUCUUCCAGCAGUUCUUCCACUGCUACUGCCCCGUGGGUUUCGGCCGACGCACAGACCCAAACGGAGAUUACAUAAGGCGCUACCUGCCCAUUCUGAGGGGGUUUCCAGCAAAGUAUAUUUAUGAUCCUUGGAACGCUCCGGAGAGUGUGCAAAAGGCAGCCAAAUGUAUUAUCGGAGUGCAUUACCCGAAGCCCAUGGUGAACCACGCAGAGUCCAGUCGACUCAACAUCGAGCGAAUGAAACAGAUCUAUCAGCAGCUAUCCUGCUACAGAGGCCUUGGCCUUUUGGCUACAGUUCCGUCCAACUCAAAUGGUAAUGGACACAACGAGGCGUCUUCAGAUGUGAUGGGAUUCACUGGUGAGGCAUCACAUCAUGCCGCGGCACCUUCUGGCUAUCAGAUGCAGGUUCACUCCCAGGGAGACUGGCAAAGCGGCGUCAUGAUGUACCUGCAGGGUGAUUCACAAACCAGCAUCGGCACACACCAGCAGGGUUAUGCAGGCACCAGUACCAGUAUGAUGCAUUACACUCAAGGCAGCCAACAGAUUCCUGGGAUUCAAAAAGGGCUCGAACACCACAGCACUAUCCACACAUUCGGCAAACGGCACAUUGAGGACUCUGGAAACGGCAAAGGCUCAAAGGUCCAGAGACACUAGACCAGUAGAAAGGUGCCUCUGCGGACACGCUGACCGUCACAUUGUGUACACAGCUGACAUAAAAAAGGACGCUAAGAUUUGCGUUUUUUGUCGCAGCACUACACUGAUAAAUGAACACUCACCUUCAAGAGGAGCCCGUCCUUAAACACACUCACGUUUCUGAAGUAAUUGGACUGUAUAUUAUUAUUUGGACUGCACAGCUCAGCCGGUGCUGACAUCCCAGCAGAGUUACAGCACUUGAGAGGCUGUUACACUGUGCUUAUCUAUUGGUUAAUAUUGCCGGGACUGAAAUCUUUGUGUAUAUAAUGAAUUUGCUCAUUUCAGCUCACAUACAACUUGUAAAUAUUUGGAUAUUGUAUGUGUGUAUUCUCUUUGUGUAGCCAUAGACCCAUUGAUAUAAAGUAUUUUUGAUAUGAGAAAUCAUUGUGGAUGAAUCUUUCUUUUAUGGAAAAUUUUCAAUAAAAAUGAGAGCAUUUAUAGACUGUCCAUUCCAUAAAAAAAGGUGAGAAACCUUUUAUCUCUUCGAAUACAACUGCCUGUCUUCUCAUUUAUUCUUCAUCUCCCUCCCAGUUUUCACCCUUUUGAGCCAUCCAGUGUAUCUAUCGAGAGAGGUGUUCUGAUCAUCUCCUUCACUCUAUCUCAGUCCUAGUUGGCUCAUUUUAUUCCUAUACCGUGGAGGCAAUAUCAGUUUGAUGUUGCUGUCUAGUUAUUGCCCUUUGUCAAUGUUUAUUGAGAAAAGGUGAAAGGAAUUACGGUAUCCAUAUCAUCGGUGUCCCCACUGUAUAAUCCCCAAUAAAUGUACCACUGGAACGAACUGCUUCAC